UCCAUCGAUGUGGACAGCUGCAACAUUCAUGGCAUGUAAAUCCCGAUUUUUAUUUAACUAGGCAAGUCAGUUAAGAAAUUCCGAUUUACAAUGACGGCCUACCGGGGAACAGUUGGUUAACUGCCUUGUUCAGGGGCAGAACGACAGAUUUUGACCUUGUCAUCUCGGGGAUUCGAUACAGCAAUUUUUCGGUUACGGGCCCAACGCUUUUCGGUUACCGCCCCAGUUAGUCUUGCGAUACUUUAUUAAUUUGAGCCAAAGCCUGUCACUCAUUCAAUAAAUCCUUAUCAUAAUUCGUUUUUAGUGCAUCUGGAAGAAUCUCAGGACUUUCAUCUCAUCAGGAAUCUCAAGGAAUAUCAGUCAGGCAUUGAGUAUGCACACCUAAAAUAUGCGUAAUAAAGGUCCUAAAACCCACAGAGUGCCCACUGCGCAUGUGUUCUCAAAGUUGCUGUUGCAGAAAGCAAAUACCAGAAAUAAGUCAUUGGUGAGCUAACAACAUAACCAAAAUAUCUAUGUUCGAUCAUCUCGCUAAAAUGACGUUUUCGCAAAUGCCUUUCUCUUGACUUCGCGGGGACAUGGUGAGGAGAGCGUUUCCCAUGUUGCAUUAGUGGAAGUGUGACAUGCUGGCCUGUCUGCCAGCAUCAUCAGGUUAACCUACCCCCCGAUUUCUCUCCCACACGCAGAUGAACACUGGACUUCAGCAAUGGGACACUACACAGAAGAUGAAAUCUGCCAACUAUCCAACCCCAGCAGAAUUGGAUGCCUUUGCUAAGAAAGUCGCCAACAAUCCUCUGACCAUAAAGAUCUUCCCCAACAGUGUCAAAGUACCACAGAGGAAGCACAUCCGCCGCACUGUGAACGGGUUGGACACAUCCAGCUCCAGCCAGCGCCAGAGUUCUUACCCGUCUCAGGUCAGCAGCACCAGAGCGGGCCUCCUGGCCGUCCUCCGCACUUCGCCUGGCAAAGGCGUCCUCACAGACACGGACAGCAGCCGAGCCCAUCUGCUUCCCAAACCAUCCAUGAACCUCCACAGCGGGCCAUACGUUGCUCAGAGCACUUUAAACCACCCCCAGCCUGUCCCCCACCUCCAGGGCAUGUCUCAAACCCAGCCCCAGGCAUUGGCACAGAAAAAGGGCCAUCCACAGCAUGCUCUGCAGCACAACAUGCCUCACCCCAUGACUUCACAGCCACCGAAUAUGCCUCAAACUUUACAGCAACAGAACAUGGCCCACCCUCAAACUUUACAGCUGCAACAAAGCUUGUCCCAGCUGCAAACGGUACAGCAGAAUGUCCAGCGGCAGCAGAGUUUGCCUCACACGCAGACUUUACAACAGCAGCAGCAGCAAAAUCAGACUCGGCCACAAACCUUACAACAGCAGCAACAACAGCAGCAUAUUCUUCAUCCUCCGACUCUGCAGCACCAGACUCUUCCCCACCAACAAGCUUUACUACAGCAGGCUCGGGCUCAAGGUCUCCGGCACCUGCCUGAGGUAGCCCAGGCCCAGCCUCCACCUAGUCUGCAACUUUCCCAGGGCCUGCAGCACCCCCACUGCCUGCCCCAGUCACAGUCUCUCCCCCAGGGCCUGCGACACCUGUCUGAUGUGGCCCAGGCCCAGCCACCCAGUCUGCAACAUUCCCAGGGCCUCCCCCCAUCUCAGUCUCUCCCCCAGGUCUCCAGUGCUGGCCCUGGCUCCCCCUCUGCUUCCAAUGCCCUGCAACCCCAGCCAGGCCCCCCCUAUGGCCCCAGGAAGCUGCCAGAUGCAGACGCCCCACCAAACGUAACCGUAUCUACCUCCACCAUCCCACUGUCCAUGGCGGCCGGCCUGCACCACAACCGGCCGGGCACCGACCUGAGCAGCAUCGUGCACCAGAUCAACCAGUUCUGCCAGGCUCGGGCUGGACUAGGCGCCACCUCGGUGUGCGAGGGCCAGAUCGCCAACCCCAGCCCCAUCAGCCGUAACCUCCUCAUCAAUGCCAGUUCCAGGGUCAACACACCCCACAACUUUGGCCUCCUUCCCUCGUGCCUGCUGGGCCACACAGAGAAAGCCCCUGGAGGGUCCCAGGGCCCUGCUGGUGCUAAUGGCCUACAGCCCAACAUGGCUGUCAUGAACCGGAUGCCACCUACUUUCCAUACUGACACGAAGCAGCAGUUACAGCAGCAGCAGUUACAGCAGCAGCAGUUACAGCAGCAGCAGUUACAGCAGCAGCAGUUGCAGCAGUUACAGCAGCAGCAAUUACAGCAGCAGCAAUUACAGCAGGCUCACCAGCAUCAACAUCAGUUACAGCAGCUCCAACAGGUUCACCAGCAGCAGCAACAACAUCAUCAGUUACAGCAGCAACAUCAGCUCCAACAGCAGCAAAUCCAACAGCAGCGCUCCUGGAACCAGCACCAGCUGGCUCACAUGCAGCAUCUGCCUGAUGGAGCCCAACCCUGCAAGAACCCCAGGAGGGAAGCCCCCUCUGGGCCUGGCUUCCCUGCCAAGACCCACAAUUACCCCCAAAAGCUGCUGGCCCCACAGCCACAAUCUUUCCCCAUUAAACACCCAUCAGACAAGACAACCCCCUCGCCCCCCGUCACCGGCCCAGCGGGCGGCACCAUGCCAAGCUACACCAACGGGCGCUACUUGCAGGUUCCAUGGGACAGCGUCCUACAAGCAGCCAAAAGUGACGGUCUAGGCCCACAGGAUUUGCCCAUGGCCUUCCAGGGGGGCCCGGAAGGGGCCUCCAUAGACUGCAGCACACCAGGAUCACAGUACCGACCUGGAGCCAGACCCGGGGUCCCAGACCUGGGUCAGACCAAGCUGAUGCAGCAGAAUGUGUCUGAUUACCUGUCUGGGGAUUUCCAGGCGUUCCAGCAGAACCCAGGCGCCAUGGGGAAGAUACCCAGGCCCCCCAUGGGUAGAGCUCCAGCCCAGAGCCCAGAGCUAGGUAACAGUAGAAAUAUCCAUGCUCACCACCCAGGCUAUAGAUAGAUAUCUAUCUCUCUUCACCUCACCAGUCGUGUGUUAUGGUUGGUGAAUGAUUUCAAGGUUACAAUCAGGUGUAAACAUGUAGAUAUCUUGCAAGUGAUCAAUUGAAUGUUCUCCCUAGUCGGUUGCUCCUGCUCUCAAUGUUUUUUUUUAAUGCGUCCUCAGCCCUUUAAAAUGGUAUCUGUUAAACCUUAGUGCCAGAUGAAAGGUUUUAUAUUGCUAUUCCGGUGAUGAGGAAUACUUACUCAUACCACAACAUGGACAUCUGCUGAUUGUAGUAUUUUCUGGGAUACGCUAUUGUGAUCUAGGACUAGUUAGAGAACAUAGUAGGGCUACUUCCUUUCCACAUAAUAAGUGCCAGUUAUGCCCAGGUUGUCAUGGAACCAACCACUCCCUUUUACAGUGGCUGAAAAUUGGGUUUUCUUUCCUGUCCUAUGUUUACAUUUACGCAUCUAUAAAAAAUCCAUAUAGACAUGAUGGAGGAUACAUGCUUUUUAAUGCCCCAAUGGGACUAAUUUGCUGAAGGGGUAUUUGUGUAUGCUAAUAUGAAUCAGGUCAAUGUCUAAGAGUAUAUUCUUACUUCAAUCUCUCCCAAUAUACAGUAAGGUAAUGCUACAGCCAUUGUGUCCUGUCCUCUUGUGUAUGGUAAGGCCUUAAGACGGAGUGCUUUUGAAGUCAUUUUUAAUUGUUUAUUUUAUCCCUACCGUGUGAGGUUACUUUAAUUGUCUCUACUUGAAUUUCACCGGUGACGUUUUCAGUAUGAAGACUUGGAGAAUCAAGAUGUUAUGCUAAACAUUUACAAAAGGAACAAAAGCUCACUUCUGGAAAAACAUUAAAUGUCUUAGAAUAAUGUGAACCCUGUAGAAUCAAUCCCCUGAUCUUGAAAGGGAUUGUCUGUGUGCGCAAAGACCAAAUUGAUCACUUGCAAGUACAACUGAACAUACCAGAGGGUUAAUGUUAUUUGCUACUUUGUUUCACCAUUCUACACUACUGUAAACAAUUCCUUGUGGAUCUUUGCCUGUCUGUGGGGGUUUUGGUAAGCUGAGGGGUAUCCUACGAAGCAGGUUUGUGGAGUUAGAGAGGUAACUUUGCUCAACUGAGUUCAACUCGGGAUAACCGGUCAUACGAAAGUGGCUCACCUUUUAGCCAGGUAAAUCUCUGGCAACAAAUCCUUCAGAACUAACCUGCUCUGGGGAAGGCUAACUCCACUUACACUGAAUGAAAUGACUGAGCCACGAGUGGAGGACCAACAGAGUUAGAUUUCCACCCUCUUGCAAAGAUGGCGUCAUGAUCCCUUUCAUUUGAGGAAGAUUAGUGAUUUAAAUAUUUAAUACAUUUUUGUUUGUCUUAAAGAGUAAUGUUAAACUAUAUCACAUGACAUAUUUGGUCAUGACAAUGGAUUUUAUACUUCACACCCAGUAGCACUUUUAAUAACUUAAUAAAAUGUUAUCGAUAGGAGUGGGGGGAAAAGGUCCUUGUGGUUGUUCAUUGAUUAACCACACCAAGUUGGCAUCAACGAUAAGUAAUAAAGAUGGUGCUUCUAAAAGCCCAUUUCAUUCCAUAGUCUGUGGUAUUUGAAAGAUUUUAUUUUUGAUUUCACCACAAAUGAAAAUGUGGCACUGACUCGCCCAUGGAUUGAUGUUUCAGCCAUGUGCGACAUACAUGUGCAGUUACUACCCUACCCUGCGGCUGAGCAAUAUCCACUGUCGUAGUACGAAUAAGAGCUGGAUUGUGAUGCUAACAGAAUCUGGCUAGCUUUAGAAAACCCUGAGUAGAUCUAGCUUGCUUCGUAGGAUACGUCUGUCCUUCACUUGCUAGCCUAACCCUGAUUGUAUAUUUUCUCUGUACUACCUAGAAAGAAGAACUGAGGUCCAGUUCUUUUAAAUGCAGGUUACCUCAUGCUAGUAGAUGGGUCUAGCCAUAGAAAUAGAUUUACUUCUAUUAUUCUAGUAAUUGUAUUUCUAUGGGUCUAGCAUGCUGCAUUUUUCCUCAGUUUAGCUUGGGUAACGGCUUACUCUUGUGAUGGCCCCACAUUCCUCCUCCCUGAUAACUCUUGAAAAAAAGCCUUAAAAUGUUAUAUUAGUUACCCUCGACACCUUAAAUGUUGUAUGACUUACUACAUACACCAUGCUGGAUUUCCUCAAACUGCAUGGUGUAGAAUCCUAUAUCAAAUAGUUAUGAUACUAGCAAUUGUUUCUGCAUAUGUUUUUAUUUAAGGACACUUAAAUUGCUAAGUAAAAAUCCUCCUUUUAAUGGAUGAAAAGUAUGAAUAAUAUUUAGCAGAGUUUUAUAGGUGUGUGUGGCACUGGGCUGUAACUAUGGUCUUCAGACUACGUUUCUUUAGUUGUUUCUAUGUGACAAAUAGCCUUCAGUAAUUUAGAUCUUAGCUAAUUUAUUUCCUUGAUCACUGCAUUCUGAAGCCAUAGGUUUUUCCUCAUAGGUGCCAUAGGUAAAGCAUAUCAUCAGACACAAAACAAUGCAAACCGACGUCUCACAAUUAGCUGCAUUCAGUAAGAGAUGGAAAGAUCAUAAGUCAUUUUAUGUAGCCUUAAAGGUGCUACACAUAUGAUUUUGCAUUGUCAUUUCAUAAAAUGGCCAUAAUAUAUCUGCAGUAAUAGUGGAAUGAUAUCGUUUCAUAGUAUUACAUACCUGCCCAAUUAGCUGUGAUAUUCGUCUCCCGCCAGAGUAACAUGUUGUUGAAAUGGGAAAGCUGUUUUGACUUUGGCUGUGUUAUUUAGUCGAAAUCGGGUCAAGCGGCCAAUGUAAAAAUCGCUCCGUAAUUUCCUGGUUGCUAAAAUUCCACACGGUUCCCUCAAUUUCAGUUGUAUGUGAGAAAACAAGCACUGAAUAGUGUAGGGAAUCAUUGUACCAUCUAAAUCUCAGUGAAAUAUAUUUUCAAUAACAACAAAUAUAUCGUUUUUACAGCUGUUACGAAGCUGGUGGACCAAAACCGAAACUAAAAGGCUCGAGUGAGUCUCCAUGUUAUGGGGAAAUGGGUUGCGGGAGAGGGUAGAUUUUGUUUUGGAAGUAGCCUAAUGCUGUUGCAAUUCACCAAGCUUCCUGAUAGAACUUGUCCCCUUUGUAGCACCUUUUAAUCUUAUGGAUUGAGCUUUCUUCCCUGAGGGCGGUAGCUAGAUUCUGUUGUUUGGCUCUUACUACUGUUGUGUGCCUGGCCCUUGAAGCUGCUAAUGAAUUCAAGUCUGAACACACAAUAGUGUGUGUGUGUGUGUGUGUGUGUGUGUGUGUAUAUGUAUAGUAAUGAUGUAUGGGUUGUACUAGUGGAAUAAAGGUUACUAUUUAUACUGUGUUGUCAUGGAUUUUAGAAAUGUGAGAUGGUAAAUCUUUGCAGUGGAAAUGGACCAACUGUUGCUACAGUGAACCAAGCAAUGUACCUGUCGUUCUAUUUUAGCUGAUUUGACCUGUUUUAUAAUGUUGUACAGCUCGAAGAAAAUCAGGUUUACAGUUACUAUUUCAUAUGAAGUACCUCCACUGGACUUAAUAUGGAAUGUGUGUCUGCGAGAGCGAGAAAGGGUGUGAAGCAUAGCCUAGGUGCUUGUGCACACUACACAGUGGUGCACUUCUAUCCAUUGUUGGGGGCCCAAGCUUCUAACUGUAACUACUGAUACUAGACAGAAGUCCGUUCUCACGUGCCACAAUGUUUCCAGACACUGUUAGGAGUCUGAAUGAUUGCUACUGAACCACUGACCAAAGUCACCAAGCUUUCCCCACCACCAUGGCCCAAAUCCUAGAUACAGGCUGUGUACAAAAUGGCACUCUAUUCGCUCUAUAGUGUAUGACUUGACCUAGGGUACUAUUUAGAAAAUAGGGGGCCAUUUUGGACACAAACAUUCUUUGGGCAGGUUGGAUUGAAUUAAGUUUAAUGACUCAUGCUAUUUUAAGGUGGUGACAAAAGUUGUCUACUGCCCUCUAGACAGUUGUAAGAACAGCAUGUGGGACUGUGAUGACUAAAUUGUGCUUGUGAGUUUCUGCUCCACAUAAGUGGAAAUGUGACAUGAAUGGCAGUGGUUGGGGAAGCUCAUGUUUCUCUACUUUGUAGAAUUGUGUUAUUCCAGUUUGCCUAUCCUUCAGAAACUAUGCCUUGCACAAACAUUCUCCCCUAACCAAAAUAAAGUUUGCAUUUGCAAAACCGA